CGCACGAGUUUCCUCUGAAAGAAGUACCAAAACAACAAAAUGAGCAAGCAGAAUAAUGUAAAACUUGACAGUCAUUCGUCAUGUUCUCAUAUUAUGUGGAGAAGCUGCAAUCUGUGCAUGUCUGUCUUUUUUGCAUUAGCGGCAUAUGUGCAGAUUAAUGACCCAGAUGCAGCCAUUUGGAUGGCAGCAUAUACCAUCCCAGCUGGUUUAUGUUUUGGGGUCAGCCUCAAACCUAGGAUUACAGAGACUUUAAUCUGGAGAAAACUGGGCGAUCUGCACAUGUUUCUUUGUACCACAGUUGCUGGUAUCUUGGGAUGGUCUCUGUACAAUAGUGCAACAAAGAACAUUAUCCAUGAAGAAGAAGGAAGGGAGUGUUUUGGUUUGGUAUUAAUAGCAGUAUGGCUUCUUCUUUGUCGACAUUCAGAAAAGAGCGGAGUUGGUGGCUUAAGACUUUUGACUGCAGUUGCUAUCACCAUAUUUCCAUUUGUGGCUUGGCUAUAUUAUUACAUUAACAAAGAACUGAGGUCCAGCUGGCCCUCACACUGCAAAACUGCACUGUAGACCAUGAGAAUAUCAACUGGACCAGCCUUUUCAACUGUGACUUAAUUAAUCACAUAUUACUGAAGCAUAAAUGUUAAUAAUUAAAACAAUUUAAAUACAGUAUAUAAAUAUAUAAUAAAACACAAUUAUUUGUAGAGAAUGGUGUACUUUUUUCUUCCAAAGAAUUAUAAACAAGAAUGACAAUAUAUUCUUCUUGUUGGUUAGAUUCACUUGUAUGUAUAUCUCAUCCUGGUGCCUUUUUAUUAAAGCAUGCAUGUGGCCUGUCAGAACCAAUCCCAACCUCUAGGUACAUUUGGUACAGCAGAGUGCAAACAUUCACCUGUCUCCCUGCAACACUCUGCUCCAGUUGGAUUUAAGAAAUGUCAAGCAUGUUCUAUUAAUGGUUGUACUAGCGAACUGCCAGGCAGGAAGUCACCAGAGCUGAUCUUCAACAACAGAAAGAUGAAAUCAAUCUGUGCAACGCUCGUAUUGAUGCAAUGCAGGAUAAGAUGGCGGUCCUUGAGAACAGAAAUUAUACCUGUAACGUCAGACUGGUGAGGCUUCCUGAAGGGGCAGAAGGCGAUGACCCUUUCACUUUCUUUAAAAGGGCUCCAGGCUGCUCAGAGAUCUGUUCCGGUCAUCAUACAGGGCAGAAGCUGCCUUUUUAUGUGGAUUACUCUGGUGUCAUCGCCAUGAAGAGGGCCUUUGGUGUAUCCAGCUGUUUUGAAGAUUAAUCAUAGAGUGGAGCAUUCUGGUGGAAGUAGAGAAGGGGAGGCUGAGAUUUUGAGAUUGGGGGGUAGAUAGGAAGCGGAAUCUGCAAGCGAGAGGGAGUACAGAUGUUAAUUGUGGCUUGAGCUUUCUGAUAUGUAGUGUGCUCCCAGUGGCUCUUUUCUUUUAUCACCUUAAAUUUUUGUAACCAUUCUCCCACCUCAGUUUAUUUUGCUGUGUUUUGUCAUUACUAUACUGCUGUCUUAUAGGAUAUUGCUCUAUGAUGAGUGCAGAGUCAGGGAUCUUUCUCCAUGUCAUAUUUUGUUGAUCUCUGAGUGCUGUCUUACUCGUUCAUUCUCCCUGAUCUUUACCUCUAUUUUUGACCAAGGGUAGUGUUGUAAUUAAUUCCUGAUAUUUGUGAGGGGCCAAUCAUCCUGUAAACAGAGCCCAGUGCUUGGAGUAUCUUUUAAGAAAAAAGGUUGAUAUUGCAUGUUUGCAGGAAGCUCAUUUGGUUUCAAGUGAUGUUGCUCGUUUUUAAAAUAAACAUUACAAGGUAA